AAACAACAAAAAAAUACAACGUUUUCUGAUUAUUGAUUCCCCAUCAUAUAUUUAUACAGAUUGAGUCUGGUGAGUUUGUGUCAUUCGCCCCCAUGAUCUCAUCAAUGCUGGACCCUCGUCACAAACACCUGGGCUUUCUUACACCAACACAGAGACUGGCUGCUAAUGUGAAACUGGUUGAACUGGGAGAGGCGGUGGGGACCGAUAGGGCGGCUAUCCAACAGGCUGGGGGAGUCGAGGCUGCGUUGUCUGACACGGACGAGGGGAGCGCAAACACUGAAGUCGCGACCUCCCAGUCAUCUGCUAUGGCACAACUCCUUGGGGAUCACUAUACCACUCAAUGCGAGGCUGGCAUCGAAGCAGAACUUCAGAACUUUCUGAGGGAGACUCCCCCACCCCUGAAUUGCACACCUACAGACUGGUGGAAAGUGAACGGAAUAAGGUUCCCCGGGCUGGCCAAGUUAGCGCGGAGGUACCUGUGCAUCCCGGCAACGUCAGUCCCCUCAGAGCGGGUGUUUUCGGCGGCUGGACUGACGGUCACCAGGUUGCGGUCGCGUCUGACCCCAGAUCAUGUCAACAUGCUUAUAUUUCUCAACAAAAAUCAGUAGACUGGUGCAGAAGUUGUAUGCGAGUUACUAAAGUUAGUUAUUUUUCACGAGGCUUUAAGUAGCCUAAUUUGUUAAGUUAGCCUAAUUGUUAGGAAGGCUAAUAUCUGGCCCUUUCUUCUGGCUUGGAUAGUUUUGAGUUACAUUUUGACAAAACCUGUCAGAUCUAAGUAUUAUUAUGUUUUUUGUUUAAGUUAUUGUUUAACAUGAUUCUUUUUUAUUAUUAUUAUUUUGGAACAAAUGAGGUCUCUGUUUAAGAACGCCGGCUCGCAGCUGCAGGUUCCGCUGCUUUAGAGCACCGCAUAUGCACGCGCAUAUAUGUUCGGUUUGCCUAACUGAACGUAGUUUAACUGUCUGCCACAAGUUGAUCUUGUAAUAAAGGUCUCAUCGAGGAAA